UUUGAGCCACUAACAAAACUGUCGUAGGUUAUAGAUUAUGCUGUUUAGGUUUGGCGUUAUUUUGACUCCGGAGCGCCCGGACGUCGAAGUGUUUGUGUUGGGGUCCCGGCCAGAGAUGGGGCAUUGGGACCCACACAGAGCCGUGAGAAUGAAACCGACUCGAACCGUUGUGUCCACCUGUGAGCCCUGUCUGUGGAUUGGCGAAGUAAACCUGGCGGAGCCGUACAGGGACAACGCGUGGUUCAAGUUCAUUAAACGGGUCUGUGGUAACUACGUUUGGGAAGGCAACGGCCCCCAUCACGAUCGUUGCUGUGUGUUUGAUGACAGCAAUGUCGUGGACGGGGUGUACUGCAGCCCGAUUGGUCACUGGAUUGAAGAGGGCGGUCAUACAAACGAGAUGAAACACACAACCGACUUUUACUUCAGCGUCGCUGGAAGUCAAGCUAUGCAUUUCUCCAAAGUUCUUCCCCGGGUGUGGCUGGGCAGCUGCCCUCGACAGGUGGAGCACGUGACUGUGAAACUCAAGUACGAGCUUGGCGUUACCGCGGUGCUGAACUUCCAGACCGAGUGGGACGUGGUCAACAACUCGCACGGCUGCAGACGCAACCUCUCUGAGUCCAUGACUCCUGAGACCAUGAUGUAUCUGUACAGAGACUGUGACAUAGCGUACGUCUGGAUCCCGACCAUGGACAUGAGCACUGAGGGUCGUGUGCGGAUGCUACCCCAGGCUGUGUUCAUACUCCAUGGUUUGCUGGAGAAUGGUCAUACGGUCUAUGUGCACUGUAAUGCUGGCGUUGGCCGUUCCACGGCCGCUGUAUGUGGCCUGCUCAUGUACGUCAUGGGCUGGAGCCUCAGGAAGGUUCAGUAUUACCUCACCGCCAAGCGGCCAGCUGUGUACAUCGAUGAGGAGGCGCUUGUGCGUGCCAACAAAGACUUCUUGCACAAGUUUGGACGCCUACGCCCUCCCGCUGGUCUCUCUGAAGAAUGAGAACAGCACCACCUAGAGUCAGGAAG